AUGGCCCAGAGUAGGCAGCACCGGCCAUACGAGCUGCAGGCCUUUAUGGUCCAGAGUGGGGGCAUUAUCGCGGCCGAGGCAUGCGUUCGGCUCAUCUCAGAGUGCGCCGUUGGACUGGGCAAGUCCCCUCGCUUCCAUGGCCGCCGCGUGAAUCAUGAGGCGGCCGACAUGUCACUAGCCCUGUCGUGGAUCAAAGAGUGUGCCGAGUCUCACCACUGUGGCAAGGGGGUCGUGGCGGAACGGGCAGGCGUUGGAGAUGGCCUCACCUUGGUUGACGUGAAGCAGGAUUGCCUCGUAGAGGCUCCCUGGGACUCCAAGUACAUUGCCCUGAGCUAUGUUUGGCCCCGGGUCAUCGCUGACGCUAUGAACGUGGUACUCUUGCUAGGCCAGCGCUUCCUGUGGGUUGAUGCCCUGUGUAUCGUUCACGACGAUGGCGAAACAGCCGAGCGCUUGAUAAAGGCCAUGGAUCAAGUCUACGGCCGAUCCUUCCUCAUCAUCGUUGUGGCCUCAGGGAGCGACCCUUCACAUGACUACGGCAUCUCGGGCAUCAACGGGCUGCCCAGAAGCAUCAGGCAGGACUCGGCGAGAGUCGACGGCCUUGACUUGGUCGCGGCUCUUGCCAACUACGACAAGGCGCUACGAAGCAGUCUCUGGUCCACUUGUGGCUGGAUUUUUCAAGAAGGCAUCCUCUCUGGGCGGUGUCUCGUGUUCUCAGAGCAGCAGAUGUAUUUCCGAUGUGGACACGACUCGAGAUGCGAAGACGUGCGCGCCGAGGGGCGCGGCAGAUUCGACAAGCACGCAGCCAAGCCCAUCGUCCGAGGCGGACAGCUGGACUACCUCGGCAGCGACCACUUCCUGCGACAGGUCUCCUCGAAAAAUAUCUGGCAAGAGUAUGCACUCUUGGUGAGCGGAUACACGUCGAGAAACCUAACGUUUGAGGAGGACGUCCACAAUGCCUCCAAGGGAAUUAUGCAAAGCUUGACCUCGCUAUUGGGCCCCGUUGGUUUCUUUAUUGGGCUUCCGAUAGGCUUCUUUGAUGCGACUCUUCUCUGGUAUCCAACGAGCCGGCUGCGUCGGCGGCAGGCCCAGACCGGGGAUUCCAGAAUGUCUCUUCUGCCCACCUGGUCAUGGAUGGCCUGA